AAUGCAACGCAAGGUAGGGGGGCAAGAAAGAGUGGAAAGGUUAGGGUCAGUCUGCGGUGGUGAUCGCAGAGGGGCUGUGUUGGGAUAGUUGGAAAAGUUUGAGUUAAACACCAUGAAGAGCGUGUGGGGAAUUAUUCUGUUUGUGGGUCUGGUCGUAGUUUCAAUUUAUGGCCAGGAGGAUCCUCCCAGAGGCCGGAGCAGUUGCUACGAUUCUGCCGGCAGAGCUCAGCGAUGCAUGCCCGAGUUUGUGAAUGCAGCGUUCGGGUUGCCUGUGGACGCUACCAACACUUGUGGUGAGACCAGAGAAACCGAGUACUGCCUUCAGACUGGUGUUACGGGUGCACGCAAGCCGUGCUACAUCUGCGAUGCUGGCAAGGAGGGUUUGAACCAUCCACCCGAGUUUAUGACGGACUUUAACAACAACGACAACUGGACAUGGUGGCAAAGUGAGACGAUGCUGGAGGGUAUCCAAUACCCAGUCACUGUGAACCUCACACUUCAUUUGAACAAAGCAUUUGAUAUCACGUAUGUUCGAAUACGCUUUGUGUCACCUCGUCCCGAGAGUUUUGCAAUCUUCAAGAGAACACGUGAAGACGGCCCGUGGAUUCCGUACCAGUUCUACAGUGCCUCCUGUGAGAGCACCUACCACUUACCCAGACGAGGAGUUAUUGCCAGUGAAAACGAAGCUGUCGCCAUUUGCACUGAUGAGUUUAGUGACAUUUCACCUCUCACAGGUGGAAGUGUUGCCUUCAGUACUCUGGAGGGUCGACCAAGUGCCUUUGAGUUUAGCGACAGUGAAGUGCUGCAGGAAUGGGUAACAGCUACAGACAUAAGGAUUGUUCUGACUCGUAUGAACACAUUUGGUGAUGAAGUGUUUGGAGAUCCGAGAGUGCUGAAAUCCUACUUUUAUGCAAUAUCAGAUUUAGCUGUUGGUGCCAGAUGCAAGUGUAAUGGCCAUGGCAGUUCAUGUGAGCUGGUGCGUGACCAGACCCUGAAAGACCAGCUUGUAUGUAAGUGUGAGCAUUACACCAAUGGGCCCAACUGUGACGAGUGUCUGCCAUUCUACAACGACCGGCCCUGGGCUCGUGCUAAUGAGAAGGAUGCAAAUGAGUGUCUGCCCUGCAACUGUAAUGGUCUGUCAGACCGGUGCUACUUUGAUCGGGAGCUGUACACACAGACUGGUCAUGGGGGUCACUGCAGAGACUGUCGUGAUAACACAGAUGGUCCAAACUGUGAGGUUUGCAAGGUGAACUACUACCGUCGCAUGCCAGAAAAUCGAUGCUUGGCCUGCGGAUGCAAUGAAGUGGGUUCGAGGAGUCUGCAGUGUGACAACAAUGGGCAGUGCCGAUGUAAACCUGGUGUAGGGGGAGAGAAAUGUGAUCGAUGUUUGCCAGACUUUUUUGACUUUGGGGAGGCUGGAUGCGUACCCUGUGCCUGCUCAGUACCUGGAAGUUACAACAAUGAGCCACGCUGUGAUACUCGCACAGGUGAUUGUGAGUGUAAGCAGAACGUGGAAGGUCGCAGGUGUGACAGAUGCAAGCCAGGAUUCUUUGGUCUGAGCACAGAGAAUCCAUUUGGUUGUCUGGCAUGCUUUUGCUAUGGUCACUCAUCAGUGUGCAACAGUGCAUCAGGAUUUUACGCACGUAACAUCACCACAGAGUUCCAGACAGGCAAGGAAAGAUGGACAGCAAUGACCCGCAGUGGACAUGACUUGGAAACUAUGUAUAAUGCUGUGACAGGGAAACUGGGAGUUCAGUCUGACACUACUGAAGUUAUUUACUUCAUGGCACCCGAACCAUAUUUGGGAGACCAAAGAUUCAGCUACAACCAGUUCAUCUCCUUUGUGUUAAACAUUGGCGAGGAAACAGCUCGGCCAUCUGUUGUGGAUGUAGUGAUCGAAGGGUCUGGGAAAUCAAUUGCAACACACAUCUUUGCUCAGAGCAAUCCAGUGCCAGAUGUGAUUGCUCAGAACUACUCAUUCCGUAUUCAUGAGGACCCCAGCUUUCAGUGGUCCCCUCGACUGAAAGCGCAGGAUUUUAUCACCAUUCUGGCAAAUGUCACUGCUUUCAAGAUCCGUGGAACUUUCAACCCUCAAGGUGUUGGUUUCAUAGAUAAUGUCCGACUAGGGACAGCACAACAAGGAUUGGUCAAUGGUGAGGAGGCCUUAUGGGUGGAACAGUGCACGUGUCCAGCAGGCUAUAUUGGGCAGUUUUGUGAGUCGUGUGCCCCUGGCUACCGUCGUGAAGCAGCAAACAUCAGUCCUUUUGCUCAGUGUGUGCCGUGUGAAUGCAAUGGACAUUCUGAUGUGUGUGAUGUCAAUACUGGUCGCUGCAUUUGUCAGCACAACACAGAAGGGUUGAACUGCGAGCGCUGUGCACGUGGUUUCUAUGGUGAUGCCAGACAAGGCACACCAGAGGACUGUAUACCCUGCCCCUGCCCUAACGGUGGCCCAUGUGUACAGCUGUCGACUGGAGAUGUGGUGUGCACGGAGUGCGAAGAAGGAUAUGGAGGCAACCUUUGUGACGUUUGCCUUGAUGGGUACCAUGGUGAUCCAGCUGGUCGCCUUGGUAACCCUAGACCUUGUCUUCCAUGCUCUUGUAAUGGCAACAUCGACCCCAAUGCUGUGGGCAACUGCAACACGACGACAGGUGAAUGCUUGAAGUGUAUUUACAACACAGGUGGAUACUUUUGCGAAAAAUGUCUACCCAGUUACUAUGGCAAUGCUCUAGCUGAACCCAAAGGACAGUGUCAAGCUUGUAACUGUUACCCAAGUGGCACCAUCAUACAGCCAGGUGUCUUGGGCUGUGACCCUACCUCAGGCCAGUGCCCUUGUCUGCCGAAUGUAGCUGGGCGACAAUGUGAACGAUGUGACCCAGGGUACUGGAAUCUUGAGAGCGGAAAAGGUUGUGAACGCUGUGACUGUGAUCGCAUUGGUUCAACGAACUACACAUGUGAGCAGCGGGGUGGCCAGUGCCAGUGCAAGACUGGGGUAACUGGACGGCGCUGUGACACCUGCCAGAGAUACUUUUUUGGAUUCUCCCCAUCAGGUUGUCAAGCCUGUAACUGUGACCCCACUGGCUCCUUGGACUUACAGUGUGACCCGUAUGGAUACUGCCCAUGCCGACCCAAUGUUGAUGGUCGUAGGUGCGAUUACUGCCAGGAAAACAAGUACAAUAUUUCUGCUGGCUGCUUGGACUGUCCUCAGUGCUAUGACUUAGUUCAGGAACAAGUCAACAUUCAUCGUGGGAAACUUCGGGAACUUACUGCCCUUAUCAACAACAUCGGCAACAAUCCAAGUCUUUUCAAUGACUCUGAGUUCUUAGCUGUACUUGGCCAAGUGAACGACUCUGUAAAUGUCCUUUUGGAUGAAGCACGGGGAGCUUCUACGGGUGAUGGUGCAAUUGGAAAGCAAUUGCAGGAGCUGAAGUCUACUCUUCGUUCUAUCCUGGACAAGUGUGGCGACAUCACACGCAGCAUCGCUAGUGCCAGUAGCAUGUCGCAGGACAGCAUACGUGACAUUACGAUUGCUGAAGAUGCCAUUAGACGUGCUGAGACGUCAUUACGAGAAGCAGAGAAUUAUGUGGGACGAGAGGGAAGGCAAGCUUUGAGUCAGGCUUUAGAAGCAUUGAAGCAGUUUGGCAAGCAGUCACAACAGAUGACAGAAAUUGCACAGCGAGCAGCAAACGAAUCGCUCAAACAUAUGCAUGAUGCUAAAAUGAUUGAUAACAUUGCUCGCAAUGCACUAAACACUUCACGAGAAGCAUAUCGUCUUGCGGAGGAAACACUUCGUAAGCCAGAUGCAAAUGAUGUUGAGAUUGAGCGACUGACACGAGAAUUUAGCGAUGCAAGUGAGCUCUAUGAUCGUACUAAAGAAAUGGCAUCAGCAGCUCUUGAUCGAGCCAAUGAGGCACACGAUGAAGCUCUAAAACUAUACAAAGAUGCACAGAUGCCACUUCCACCAGUGAAUGUGGCACGGCUUUCACAGGAGGCUGAGCAGAUUAAAGAAGAGGCAGCUCGUAUCAAGCUGAGGGCGCAGGAGCUCUUGGAGGGAAACAAAGAUCUUCUGGCAGAAGUAGAGGCACAGCGAAAUACUUCUCGCUUAACGCUUACUGAUGGCAGGACUUUACAGCAGCGUGUUGACGAAUUUCUUGCAGAGGUGGAUGCUGCUCGUGAUGUAGCCCGAAAAGCUGUGGAAUCAGGGGAGAAAACCCUGCGCGAAGCGAAUGAGACACUGGAGACUUUGCUAGAGUUUGACCGCCUUGUUGACUUGAACAAGGAUGCUGCUAAUGAGGCACUGCAGAAGGUACCCCAGAUUCAGGCCAUGAUCGAAGAGGCAAUUAAAACCACUGAUGAGGCUCGCAGUGCUCUCAUGGGUGCACAAUUAGAUGCACAGGAGGGUCUUCGUCUUGCCCAGUUAGCGGAGGACACUGCCGAACAGGCCUCCAAUGAAGCCAGACGAAUUCGUGUUGAAGCAAGUACUAUGAAGGAUAAGGCUACAGAUUUGAAGGAUGAGGCCUCAGACCUGGCCGGAGAAGUUGAAGAUACGGAAAACCGCCUGAAUGCCUUUGAAGACCAGGCUGAUGAGGAUGAGACUCUGAUCCGAGAAGCACAGAAGAAGGCCAGCUUAGCUCAGAUAACAGCACGCGAAGCUGCCACUAAAGUGUCAGAGACCCUGGAAAAGGUCAACAACAUCAAAAACGUGCUGACAUACUUGGAGGAUGUUGACACCACACGUCUUGCUGAGCUGGAGGCAGAACUAGAUCAGCUGGAGCGUGAACUGAAUCAGACUGACAUUGAGUCGGAGCUGAUGAAGCUACAGGAGCAGAGCAAGAAGAUCCAGUGCUGGCGGGACAAGUACCAGGCGGACCUUUCACAGUUCCGCAAAGACGUUGACAACAUCCAGGCAAUCCGAGACUCACUGCCAGAUGACUGCUUCAAAUCUAUCGACAUUGAGUCCCCACUGAAUGGCUGAGGCAGAGGAAAAUCAAAGAAGACUCUAUGGUGUAAAUGUGACUUGUGGGAUUGAUGGUUGGGUGAUUUUGUGGUAUGUCUGUCACUUUGCAGCAUAAAAUGGCAAAGGAGAGAAUGGCAAGGAAAGCAUUGACUUAUCUUUCCUGGCCAGGGGAAGGGUGGAAAUGAUUUGAGUGUUUGAUAGCUUUGUGAAUGGUCACAGCAUUGACAAGCCCACCUCAGUUGCCAAGGGGAAACCUCUCAACUUUGAGGUUUGAGAUCUGCAUCCAUUACUACACAUUGAUUAUCUACCGUUGGGGGGAAAAAAAAGAACAAAGUGUAGGCUUUAUGGCUUUACCUCAACAGAAAUGCAUAAAAUCGACUUCUGUGUUUGAAAAAUGAAAGGUCAAGUGAGGUCAGUUAGGUUACAUGGGGUGGAUGUGGAUACCAUCGCUCAUCAUUGUUACUUUAUCCAGCAAGGCAUGUCCAGUUUAAAAAUAUGCGUUCUCUACAUCCUUUUGUGGAAAUUUGCUUUACAGUGAGAUUUAUUAGUACACUAUGACCGAAUUCAACUUAGGGUGCUUCAUGUUAGAGUUGUGAAUUUUUUUGAGUGUUAGGAUCAUUCUAUAUUUUUAAGGCACCUUCGUGCUUUUGAGACAAGAUUUCUUUUUUAUAUACAAAGGCCACACGGUGUUCUUGUCUUUUUGGUAGGCAGGUUUGAAUCCCAGGGGAAAAAUGUUGACGGCAAUCUGGUCAAAGGUAUUACUUCUAACCUAAGUUUGUUUACCAUGAUACCUCAUGCAUAUAAAGACUAAGCAUUGCAGCAUAAAUGUGGAACCUGCAAAUGAGAUAUUCUGACAUCCUCACAUGAGCAUCUUUCCCUACUAGGAAAAUUCUGGCAUGCACCUGGGUGCAGAUUACGUUCAUUGUGUCCAUGGCCUAUACGUAAGCACAUCCUAUGUGAACUCCAAAAGAACGGAUGAGUAAGGAUGUGUGUGUGUGUGCGCUUAUGCUUCUUGCUUGUGUGAAGAUAAGCCUGAUGAUUAUGGUGUCUUUGAGCUUUAUGGUGUGGAGAGCGAAUUAACUGAAACUAGUUCUACAGAUCCCAGCAUUCAUUUUUGCUUCUGCAGAAUGUAAAGUUUUAUACUCACCUCCACAUUCUUUUGUGUAGUUAUGGCCAAUUACUCACUUGAUUAUCCUUUUAUUUAAAUGGUGCUAUUAUAUCAGUUGGUAAAUUUUCAUUAAUGUGUCCUGUUGAAGCUGCAUGUAAACAGAAAUUGUCUAAUUUUUUCACAUCUUAGUUUUGUAUCCAAAAAAUACUUUUGGCAGAUCCCUCCAUUUGCAUAAUGAAAGGGUAAUGGUGCGAGGUUUAUGGGAGUACUCUACUAAAAGAUGUAGUUUUGCAGUAUUUCUCCAUCUCAGGUACUGCAGUCCAAUACAGCAACAUGGACAGACACAUUUCUGUGGAUCAGUGUGAGAUGGUUCCUUCUCAGGUCUGUUGAAAGCUAGCAAAUGUUCCAAUGAGAGUGCUUUUUUUAUGUGCGUGUGUGUAAGCAGCUAUUUCUCACGAUUCGCUGAAAGUGGUUUAAUUUCUGCAGUGGACUGCAUGCAGUCAGUAGUUGCCGUGGAGUGCAUUGGCUGCAAGUCCCUGUCUGCUUUAUUUUUGGUCACUACAAUUAAGCACUCAUGCUACAUCAGGAGAUGAGUGGUGAACAUUUAAUUAAAAUGUACAUCUCUAAUGAAUGAUUCAGCAUUUUAUGCACGAAUAGAUUGUGCUUACAUUUAGGUAUUUUGCGAUAUUGCUGAAUGUUCUCAGGUGUGUGGCCACACCCAUGCACAUCUUGUUAGUGCAAUAUCCUAUUUGUUCAGUUUAUCUGUGACCUCAGAGUAUUGCUAUAAAAAAAAAGUCCGCAAAAAAAGUUCAGCUAGCUGAAUCUUGUUAAGAACCAGUUAUUUAGUUAAGCUAUACACAGUAAGUGCUAUUGUCCCUGAUGUUGCUGCACCAAAUAAACCCAUUGCAUGUACAAUUGAGAUGCCAAAAUGCCAUAUACAUCUUUGUGUAUUUGCUUCAUGUAUCUUUCACCUUUUGAUUGUGAUCAAUGUACACAUUUUUAAAGGAUAAAAGUAAACCUUUUGGAGAACUA